AAAGUUUUCGGGUUUUAUCGGAAAUAUCCAAGCAACAGCGCUAAUCGUGGCAAGCAUUGGAAUCAUUAAAGCAAAACAAAAAUUCCGCGAACAUUUGUGCAUUUCUGUGAGAAUUUUCCUGGAAAAAAAUGGCAAAUUCUGUACCUGUAAAUGGCUGCAAUGGUGAUGUGGACCAUGAGGAAAGGCUUGAAGUGGAGUACGUGAAUAAAUCAGAGAAAUUUAUGCUUCCAUUGAAGCAUGACUACAAUCGACAAUUUCAUAACCUCUAUGUCGCUCGCUGCGAAGCGAUGCUAACUGCGAUGAAUGAGAAAGUUCAGCAGAAAUGGGGCUCAAAGUAUACUGUCCGGAAGAUUCAUGAUCUCAAUGAGGAGGAUCAGGAGAAGUGUGUUAUCAUAGGGACGAUCUUCAAGCAACAAGUUCUGAAGCCAAGUGUCCUGAAGGAACUCACAAAAGUGACUCAUAUCAUGCCACAGCCAAUUGCACCGAGUUUCACGGAUGAUUCCGACGUGGUGAUGCUGGAGGAUGAGCUGCAGAGAGUUCGUCUCUUCGGUAACAUUGCAGCCCAUGAUGUUGUCACGGGAGUUAUGUGCGCAGUUCUGGGUCAUAUUUUGGAGCAAGGGAGAUUUCACGUGGAUGAGAUUCUUUUCUACGAAUCUGGUCCGCAGAAGCCACUGAAGUCCCUGGACAAUUCCCCGUGCAUUGUCUUGGUUUCAGGUCUCAAUAUGACUCAUGCUGAUAACCUUCAUCUCCCUCUGGAAGUGUUCCAGCAGUGGCUGUUUGGGAAUUUGUGGGGAGAGGAGUGUAAAGAUUUUGAUCCUUCGUCUGUUGUUAGAGUGAUUCUGGCGGGGAAUUCGGUGAAAAAUGAGGAUAAUCGUGUGGAAUCUCUGGAUUUGGAGCAACAGGCUACAGCUGACGAUAUCAAUGGGGUUAAGUUUCUGGAUCAAUUUAUCGCAGAAAUAAGUCAAUCGGUUCAUGUGGACAUUAUGCCUGGAGAGUUUGACCCAACAUCUUCCCUUCUGCCACAGCCACCUAUUCACAUGCUCCUCCUGCCAAAAUCGAGUCAGCUGAAGAGCUGCCAGAGUGUUCCCAAUCCCUAUGCAUGUGAAAUUGCUGGGAGAAGCAUUUUGGGGAUGUCUGGACAGAAUAUUGACGAUAUUCUGCGGUAUUCACAGAUUCCGGAUGCCUUGUCUGCUCUCAAGGCCACCUUCAAAUGGGGCCACAUCGUGCCCACUUGUCCAGAUACCAAAUUUGCCUAUCCCAUUCUCGGAAAAGAUCCUUUUGUCAUCGAUGAUUGUCCUCAUGUCUACUUUGCCGGAAACUGCCCGGAAUACCAAACAGAAUUGAUAAAGGACAGUGCAGGACGACAAAUUCGCCUGAUCUGUGUUCCUAAGUUCUUCGAAACGAAAUCCAUCGUGAUUGUAAACCUGGCCAGCCUGGAAUCGAAGUUGAUGGUGUUCCAAAGAGAGUGAUUUUAAUUCAUCUGGAUUCGCGUUUUUAUUUGAGGCAAGACAUUUAUAUACAUUUCCUUUCUUUGAUUUUUUUUGUAAGUUACACAGCAGUAUAUUUAUUUUCUUGGA